UCUUUCACAAACACUAAUCUUUACGAACCCAAGACAAACCUAUCAUCAAAACUCGGCCAAGGUCCAAGAACACGAACAAUCUCCCUCCUGUUGUACACUCUCAAGGCAGUCUCUCAGCCAUCCAAAACAAAAAAGCAGCUGAAUUUUCAGGAAAAUGGGUGACGCUUUGUUUGAUCUUGAGCAGAGUUUAAGAUCCCAAAAGGAACGAUUGAGCCCACAAGAAGAGAACAUUUUUCAAAGGUGUAAGUCCUCGGCACUUAAUCAGUUCACGGCUGGUCUAAUUGCUGGAGGUGGUCUUGUUUGGGCAGCAACAUGGAAGUUGAAUAGGUUACUUCGGGUAAACCUCUCUAGUGGAGCUGCAAUAAUAGUUGGAUUUUGGAGAUUUGGGAAUUCACUAGAAUCAAGUGUUGACCGUAUUCUUGCUUUAGAUGGAACUCGGAUGCAAAGUGAAUUAGCAAAUAUAAUAUUGAAGAAAUACCGGGAUGAUCCUUGGAAGAUGCGAAUUAUCUCUAAGCAUUUCUAUUUAGAGGAAGUAUUUGACGAUUCAGCAUCGGGGCAACGGUUAAGGUGGCGUUACCGAAAUUUCUUUGGUGAUAUUGUUGACCAGGAUCAAGGCACUCAUAGUGAUUCCCGAGAUGUUUCCCAUAAUGCCACCCCCAAUGAUAUUCACAAUAAUUUUGACAGAAAAAAGACGGAUUUGAAAUCCGAGCAAAUUCAUGUGAAGUCUGGUUCUGAAUUGAUGGCAGACCCGCUAGACUGUGUUUUUGGUUAUACAGCUACCUCGGAGGAGAUUCAUCACUCUACUCCUUCAAGUAUGUCAAGCAGAGCACAGAGUCGUGCGCAUAGGAGAGCUAAUCGAAGGCGUCGGAUGCAUCAUCAGGAGGCUCCAUUGGGCUCACAUGGCAGUAAGUAUUCCAAGUUUGAUGUAGAGUGAGAUUUAAGUUGAAUUUAGUGCAAUAAAAGUUAGGAAUGAAUUGACAUAAAGACACAAAUUGUUCAAUUGAGGGUCACACCUUUUCGAAGCUGAAGCUGAUGC